AUGGCUUACCCUUACCUACAGCAGCAAGACUGGCAAAGAGAGGGGAUGAGUGACACUAUCCGAGCGGCAUGGAAGGUUUUCAGCAAAGAAAUCUACAAGACCCGAGAUGAUAACGACCUGGAGAGUCUGACCCCUCAAGCGCAAAAGGAGUGGCUGAAGGUACUCACUGAGAAUGAAUGGGAUCCUGGGGCGUGGAUGAUGACGGAGAAGGACAAAGCUCAGGUGUUCGCCCUCCUUGGUUGGAAUCCGGAUGAGCUGGCCCACGCUGCGCACGAGACUCCAGCUUUUUCAGUGAACCUGCGGGCCAACGACGUCAGGCGCAGCGGAGAAUUUUCAGUAAGGCAAGCCCGGCCAAUUGUGCAACCUCAACCCAAGUAUGCUCAGCCCCCACACUUCCAAUAUAUGCUUUUCCUGCCGGCGGAUGUACAACGUAAUUUCGAAAGGACAGCAAAUGUCGAUAAUGAGGAAGAGGAGUACGAGACGAGUUAUACCGACAUGGAUGGCGACAAAGAGGAGGAAGGCAAUGCCAACGAGGAGGAGGAGGAGGAGGAGGAAGAUGAUGAUGAGGAGGAGAGCAAUGACGCGGAUGAAGUGAGCAGUGGCGAUGUCGAUGAAGAGAAGGGCGACCAGAAUGACAAGCCAAUCGUCAGGAUUCUCAGCGGUCCCGACAUUUUCCCCAUCAUACUCAUUGAGCCGUUUUUGGAGAAAGGGGCUUUCGAUUUUUUGAAAUCAAUAUCCCCCAAACUCACCAAAUUCGCCAGAAAGUCAGCGGAUCGGCGGCUGACGGAUUGUCAUCGCGAGGCAGCACAUGUUAUGCAUAAGCUUACCAAACGUUGGCUUACAGAGCUCCAGAACAAAAGACGUGACAGAGAGCUCAUCCUUUCCAUCAAAGGCUACUGUGAAAAGAGCCGUGACGAAUGGAGGGAGGAGGUAGGGAAGAAGUUGGAAAAGUUGCGACAGAAGCACCAACACAAGUUACAAAGGAGAGGUGAUACCACACCCACCCCGAGGUGGCACAGAUCCGGGGUCAAACGGGAUGGGGAAGGGCCCGAGGACAGUCAACAGCAGCAGUGGGAAAGUACGAAUACUUUGCAUUCUCCUUCGCCGUCUGGAACAAAACAGGAGAGAAAAGGCCACAUCCCUGGGAACAUCUAUGAAAGAUUGGAGAUGGUCGUUCGAGAGCAGAUCGAGCAUGACAAGUCUAGAGCUGAGAGUUUACGUCUGCCACUCCAGACCCUGUGUGACACCAAUACUUCAACACAUUCCAUCUCCCCGCCCGUGCGCGUGCCUGUGGUACAUGGUUGA